CAGCUGUGUCCAAUCACCAGCAGAUCACCGUGCCCAGCAGUGCCACCCACACCAGCGCCACCCACCUGUGCCCAUCAGCGCCACCCCACCCAUCAGUGCCCACCCACCUGUGCCAUCAGUGCCACCUGUGCCCAGCAUUGUUGCAUAUCAGUGCAGCAUCAUCAGUGCUGCCUAUCAGUGCCAGCUCAUCAGUGCCACCCAUCAGUGCCACCCAUCAAUGCCCAGCAGUGCCGCCAGUCAGUGCCCAGCAGUGCCUCCAGGCACUGCCAUCAGUCAAUGCCACCCAUCAGUGCCGCCAUCAUUGUUGCAUAUCAGUUCCAGCUCAUCAGUGCCGCCUAUCAGUGCUGCCUAUCAGUUCCCAUCAGUGUCGCUUAUCAGUACCCAUCAUUGUUGCUGAUCAGUGCCAGCUCAUCAGUGCUGCCUAUCAGUCCCCCGUCAGUGCUGCCUAUCAGUGAUCAUCAGUGCAGCCUCACCAGCGCACAUCAGUGAAGGAGAAAAAUUACCUAUUUG